AUGAAGACCUUUGGGGGUCUCCUCCUGCUCUGCGCAGUGGCCCAUUUCUGCAGUGGCUCAGAAGUUACAAAUGAUCCUUCAAUGGUGGACUGCAGCGUGUACAAGAAGUACCCAGUGGUCGCCAUUCCCUGCCCUAUCACCUACCUGCCAGUGUGCGGCACGAACUACAUCACCUACGGGAAUUCCUGCCUGCUGUGUGCCGAGGUCUUGAAAAGUGGCGGAAAGGUUCAGUUGCUUCAUGAAGGACAGUGCUAA